AUGUCGAGCGCACGAGGCGCUGCUACGGCCAAAGAGACGUGCGAGAUGAACCGGCCGAACGAGUGGCAGCGUCAGAGGUCCAGCGAUAACGACGUGCACGCUGCCAGAAAGCAGCUCCAGGAUACUGACGAAGCCGAUGACCCACUUGUGCAGUUGCCACAAGCACUGUGUGAUGACAUCGCUGCUGUCCACGCGACAGUUGAGAGAGAAAUCCAUACCGAGUUCAGGGAAGAAGACAGAGGAGUUAAUGCUGGGUCUGGGAAAGGGCCUACAGCACCUGAAAGGAGCAGGAGACGAAUGGGACGAGACCAGAGCACCGAAGCUGCGACAGUGGUGAGGAUCAACGAGCACAACGGCCGGUGGAGCGAGUCGGCGGUUGCACUAACUGUCGUUGCAGUCGUUGCCGUUGUGGCGAGUGGAGUGGGCUGGUGGUGGAUGUUCCCGUCGUCGUCUGCAUCGACUUUGGGUUACGUUGCUGCAUGCAAAAUGGAGGAAGGUGUGCGCAUGCUGCUGCUACUUGCACAGAGCAAAUUGGGACAAGGAGGUCAACACGUAGCGGAAAAAGCACGCAUUUGUUGGUUUGCAUUGAUAAGGAGCAGGAUACUGAGAAAGGCAGCGCGUGCCAUGGAGUUGCACGGCGUCGUAGGAACGGUGCAGGCGGACGCAUGCGUAGCCAUGCUAGCGGAACUAUCGAAGAGCGUGCAGGAACAGCUUGGACGGACACUCUCGAGUUUGGUGGAUACUCUAAAGCUGUGGAUGCAGUGGAUGUGCUCGAUUGACAUGCACGUACCAGCGUAUGACAAGGCAUUUGAGCAAGUGCAUGCUUUCCUCGUGAUGGCAUUCUCAAACUUUGCAGAGGCGAUGAGGCAAGGUGGAGAGCGGCUAGGACUGGAGCCCACUAGGAGCGAUAUGGAUUUGCCCCGCGAGCAGUUGCUUGAUUCGCUAGCAGCGCACCAGGCUCGUAUCCAAAACAUAGGCAGAGGACUUGUUGCACGUGAGUCCCAAGCUCUACAUGACGUCCAGCGUUUCGAGAAACGACGGGUAGCGAUUGCAGCUACCACCAACUCCAUCAUUUCAGAUACUCGGGCUGUAGCAAUCGAAAGUAUCAUUGACGUGAAAACGGUCGCUCUGCAAUACAUCGAGGAACGUACACAGCAAGUGGCCAAACAAUAUGCUCGAGCAAUUAAACAGGCACUGAAGGACUACGAGCUCACUUCUCAGCAAGUCGUAGAAGAGGGCAAGUCGUUGAUUGUCACUCGAAGUGCAGCAGAUAACACGAAACACGGCCUGUCCGUCGAUGACAAGCUGGUGCGAUCUGACGUGUCACAAGAUCAGGCUUUCUUUGAUGGUACAUUGCAGUUCCAAUGUGCUCGUGACGAAGAUCGUAUGACCGGCCGACUUGCUGGGGAAGGUCGGGUGUCUGGACGACUUACAGCAGAAUGGUUGCGGCUGAGAGAGCAACGUUUCGCUGAAGGCGUUUUGGGCAGCAGUUUUACCAUCGAGGAGGUUCACCAAACACUGAUAGACGUCGCCAGACGAUGUCUACCGACCGUUGAUGUCACAAAAGCACAAAUGAUAGGACACAGUGACCCGGCAAAAACAGUGAGGAUUGAGCGCGUCAGUGGGGAGCUAGUUCAAUCGCUGACUCUUACGCUUUCUGAGGUAGCUGAAGCAGACCAAUCGAGAUUGCUAACGAAUGGUGAAGGCGAUCAGCGCACUGAUGGUCGAUCCGUGGUAAUUGCCAAGCUUGCUGAACGGAAUAUGCUGAAUGUUGCGGUAGAAUACACGGACCAGGACGAUACUGUCGGUAAGGUACGAAGCUCGAUAAUCACGGAAACCGCCGUGGAUUGUGGCGACGCUUUGGUAGAGGUAGAUCAGACGCAAGUGGAAGCAAUGGCGUUGACCAAAGUGGGCAAUGUAUCUGAAGAAGAUAGUGCUAAGCAAGAAGCGCAGCUACGACUGGACGAUCGAGCAGAUGUACAAGCCGAAGCACCAGAUAGUGGAACUGGCAUGAAGAAGCUUGUGCCGAACGCAAUCGGUGAUCACAGCAUUGACCAAGCGCACCCGAAUUCGCCUCGAGUUGACACGAGAGUGCGUAUCGUAUCUCAAGCUGAGAUCAAGAGAGAAUCUUCUAUCGAAGUUCAGAAGAUAGAGAUGACCGCGCUUGAGCAACAAGUUGACGAAGAAGCUGUGGGUGUAGCUACCACCUACCUACUCAACGUAGAUGUGGACAUGGAUGGCACGACGACAAGGCUUGCAGAACAUAAGCGUGCAGUGGAUGAACAAUUGGUGAGCAGUCACAGCCACGUUGGAUCUAUAACGGAGAUGGAUCUGCAUGGUGAUUCUGCUACUGCGACUAAUGAAGCCUGGCGGGCACACACAGAACGCGGGCACGCUGAAAAAGACGAUCAUGCAGCGAUACUGACUGACGCCGAUAUUGUGACAACGGAGCGUAUGGCAAUGACAAAGGAAUUCCAAGAGCUAAAGCAACUCGAACAGGCUGUGUUGCAAGAGAAAGGCGUCCGUGCUCUCGUCGAAGAAGAGCUGCGCGUCAUCGCUGAAGAAGAGGGGUUGUGGCUGCAUAUUGAGCAAGCACGUGCUGGGCGCCAGGACUCGGUGGAGAGCCCGGUAUCCGUGCAGCGCAAAGCUGCGGCGGUCGAUGUGACCAAGUCUACAGAAACGAUUGCUGGCGAUACCGCAUCGAUGCUACCGGCUCCUACUUGGAUGCAUGUCGGUCUGUUUUCGAUGCUUUUCUUGGCACUUUCAGCACUGACGGUGCAUUUCUUUGUUCGUCAUCGAAAGCAUGGUCUUUCCACCCGUACACCUCGUCGAGGUAAGCGGUGGCACGAACUUGCUGACGUAGAUAGCGCCGAAGAAGUGGUGUUGCUGCCCGACGAUAGCUCGGACGAAGACGGUUGUUUGGAUGUUACUGCCAGUUUGAAGGUUGUCGAGCAAGUGACAAAGAUCAAAGUCGACGCGACUAAAGUGAUUUAUGUUGGAGUUGAGGAGGGUAGAGAAAAGGAAAGCGUCGAUGCCAAUCAUAAUGAGCAAGAACAAGAGCACGAAGAAGAAGAAGUCGAAGAGAAGGAUGAGGAAGCCAAGAUUCAUUCGCAAUCGAUUACUGUCGAGCGGUCUCAAACUACUACAACGUACACGGUAAACCAUCCUGCCACUUCGAACUCGGAUGAUUCGGUCAACGAUGGUGACAGUGCUACCGCAUCGACUUUGACGCCGCCGAAUCUGAGACAUGAAACACCCGAUACAUCGGAGCGCCGUCGUCAUCGGCGCCAUGGAAUCCGCACCUAG